AUGUUCACUAUCCUAUUCGUUCAAGCAGUUACCGUUUCCAUACUUGAAGGGUUUCGUGUACAUCAAACAGUUUCCCAAUCAUCCAAGUGCAUUUUAUCUCCAGCUGGAGUUGGUGCGUCGUAUACCAACUUGAUUUACCGUGGCCUUGUCAUUGCUAUGGCGGUUUACCAGCUACUUUUAUGCGUUGACACACUUAGGCAGCGAUUGGCCGCUCAGUUAUAUGUUCUCAUUUUGUUCGGGCUACUAUUUGUAAUUUUUGUGGGUAUUCAAGCCCUAAUCCAGAACGAAUCGUUGGAGGAAUGGAUGAUUGAGCUUGGUUGUGACGACGAACUGGCUCACAGCGUUGCACCGCCAUAUGAAUAUGCUAUACUGGCGAUUGUCGCAGCUUGCAAUCUCGUUUUUCUUGCGUGCUCUAUCUGGCUUCAUGGACACUUUACGUGGCACUACCACGGUGGGCUCUCCCCUCGUCAUCAAUUAUCGCCAUCAUCAUCAUCCGAGUGUAUUUCUAACAAGCGACUCAAGAAAGCAGCUGUCUCUUUAUCGACGCUGUUGGCGCUAAUCAAGCUCGACCUCUUUUUUUGCUUCUCCUUUGCCGCUCAGCUGUCACCUUCGGCACUACUAAAUUACUACACUACUACUAUGGAAGCUUUAUUGGUAGGAGCACUCGGAUUUGUUCUUUUCACGAUUGCUUGCUAUGCCAUUCAACAAGAACGACCUUGGGUAUUGGGUAUAAUGACCGUAUUGGCUGCGUUGUCUAUCGUAUACUUUGUGUUUCGACUUAUUACCAUCGCCCAACCACGUUUGACUGGUCAAAAUCCCUAUCGCGUAAGUUAUUAUUUCUUACUGUACACACAAUGUACCUUGAAACACUAA